AUGGACCCCGUCAUUAUAACGCCGGACGAUGUAGCUGAGGCGGUCCGAAGGGCCCCGAACUGGAAAAGUCCGGGGCUCGACGGGCUGCAUCACUACUGGCUGAAGGGGUUCGUGGUGUGUCACGCUUUGCUCGCCCGACAAUUUCAAGAGGCUCUCGACCAAAAGUCGCUCCCGAGCCUCUUCACUACUGGGAUCACUCAUUUGGUUCCUAAAGACCGGGAUACCAUAGACCCGAGCAAAUACCGCCCCAUCACGUGUCUACCCACGAUAUAUAAGACACUAACAUCCAUUUUGAGCGCGAGAAUCACUCGUCACCUGAACUCAAAUCAGGUGAUGUCGCGCGCUCAAAAUGGAUGUCGGGGCGGUGGUCGUGGAACCAAGGAACCACUCCUCAUUGACGCGGUCAUUGGCAAAGUGGUUAAACGCAACCGUCGGAACCUAUCCGCCGCCUGGAUAGACUACAAAAAGGCAUUCGACUCGGUGCCUCAUACAUGGCUGGAGAGGGUCCUCGAGCUGUACAAGGUUGACUGUACAGUUAGAGACUUCCUUGGGCAGUGUAUGGGGCAGUGGAGUACGAUCCUUUGUCAUCUAGGCGAGCGGAUGACGGCUGCGGAGAACCACAUAAGGAUAAGAAGGGGUAUCUUCCAGGGCGAUUGUCUGAGUCCAAUCUGGUUCUGCCUCUCUCAGAACCCUCUCAGUACCUUACUGGAGGGCUCCGGGAGGGGAUUUCAGCUUCGGAGGGGAGGUACAAAAGUGACCCACCUUUUCUAUAUGGAUGAUCUCAAGUUAUUCGCCUCCAGUCGCUCUCAUCUUAUGGAAUUGCUAAACAUCACUUGUAAUUUUAGCAAUUCUAUUAGAAUGGAGCUGGGGACGGAUAAGUGUGCGGUCCUCCAUGUUGAAAGGGGAAGGGUUGCUAACUCUGAGGGCAUAGAUUUAUCUAUGCCCAUCAACAUAACGACCCUUUCCGAGGCUGAAACAUACCGAUACCUGGGUAUGUCACAGAACAUCGGUGUAGAUGAGGCGGGUAUGAAACAGUCAGUUUGCGAUGUGUUUUAUGCACGCUUGACCAAAGUGCUUAACAGCCUUUUGUCCGGUGUGAAUAAGACGCACGCAUAUAACGGUUGGGUCAUGCCUGUUCUCAUGUAUACCUUUGGCAUACUUAGGUGGACUCAGACCGAACUAAACGCUCUGGACAGAAAAGUCCGCACUAUAAUGACGUCCCACAGGGUGCAUCAUCCGAGAUCGUCAGUAAUGAGGCUGUACUUGCCGCGGAAGCAUGGCGGGCGCGGCUUUUUAAGCGCGCUUACCAUGCAUAAUCGCGAAGUGUGCAGCCUCCGGCUUCGGGCAUAUCGAAGAAAAACAGGACAUCGUUUGAAUGCUCGUCUAAUGGAUCUGAGACUGAAGAGAUGCCGCGCUUUGUUGAAGCGGUACGCGGGAAAAAAAUAUCGGGAAAUUCUUUUUUCGGAUGAAAAAAUUUUUUCCGUAGAAGAGAGCUACAACAAACAAAAUGAUAAGGUAGCGAAGAGCACACAAGACUGGCUGGCGGCGCGUGAAAUCGACAUCAUCCGGCGCGAAGACUGGCCCUCCUCCAGUCCAGAUUUGAAUCCGUUAGAUUACAAGAUAUGGCAACACUUGGAGGAAAAGGCGUGCUCAAAGCCUCAUCCCAAUUUGGAGUCACUCAAGACAUCCUUGAUUAAGGCAGCCGCCGAUAUUGACAUGGACUUCGUUCGUGCUGCGAUAGACGACUGGCCGUGCAGAUUGAAGGCCUGUAUUCAAAAUCACGGAGGUCAUUUUGAAUAA